AUGUUUUUCUUGCUUCGAUCCCUGCUCACGAGACCUUUCUUUUUCAUAGUGCUGUGCAUUGCGUUUGUUCUUCUGAAUAUACUGAUUUAUUUUAAUAAAGAAUCGCUUCAUCCUCUUGCUACAAGCGAAGAUGUGCAUCAAUUCGAGGGCGCUACUAAGGUGUUCUAUCCACCUGGUGACAUGGGAGCUGCUGUGCUACUCAACAAAUCGAAUCCAUCCGUAGCACAAGCAAUUAAUGCAUCCAUGAAGCGCUACGGACUCAACGAGUAUGCAUCCGACCUGGUAUCGAUCCAUCGGCGGCUUCCCCUUUCGCCGGAUCCUUGGUGUCAGCAUUCGGUGGCACACAACCUUCCCCGGACCUCCAUCGUCGUCGUAUUUUACAACGAAGCAUGGUCUGUGCUGGUACGAACCGUACACUCGGUAUUGCACCAUUCUCCAUCGCAUCUGCUGCACGAAAUAAUUCUCGUCGAUGAUUGCUCCAGUUUGCCACACCUUAAAACCCAACUGAAAGAGUACUUCGAGCGAUACCCUAAGGUGAGAAUCAUCCGAGCCGCGAGACGAAUGGGAUUAAUCAAGGCACGCGUACUGGGAGCCAAGAUGGCCACCACGGAAGUGCUCACCUUUCUCGAUGCUCACGUCGAGUGUGCCGAAGGUUGGCUCGAGCCAUUGCUCGAUCAAGUGGCGCGCAAUGAGACGACUGUCGCCGUUCCUACGAUUGAUAAGAUUGAUCCGUUGGAUCUGCACGUGAAUACUAACAUAACUCUACUGCUUGCUGGUGCCUUCGAAUGGGAUCUAAACUUUGGUUGGUGCGAACGAAAGCAACUGCACAAACGGUACGCACAUCCGCUCGAACCUUUCGACACCCCAGCGAUGGCCGGUGGUUUGUUUACGAUCCGGCGCAGCUUCUUCGAGCGGCUCGGUUGGUACGACCAGGGUUUCGAUAUCUAUGGGAUGGAAAACAUUGAACUAUCGUUCAAAACGUGGAUGUGCGGUGGACAACUGCUCACCGUGCCGUGCUCCCGCGUGGGCCACAUCCAGAAGCAGGGUCACCCCUACAUACAGAACAGUAAGCGUGAUGUCCACCUGUACAAUUCGAUCCGUUUGGCCGAGGUGUGGAUGGAUGAGUACAAGCGGAUCGUGUUCGACGUAAACGGUGUACCGCACUAUAGCGAGGAGCUGUUUGGAUCGGUUGCGGCACGGAAACGAUUCCGCGAGCAAGCCGGUUGCAAACCGUUCCGCUACUACCUACAAACCGUGUUUCCCGAGCUCAAGAUACCGAGUGUUUAUGGGCAGUUUCGUGGAGAAGUAAGAAACGUUGCUCUGGGCAAGGGUUACUGUCUCACAGCAUUGGACACAGCGAAGGGAAGCCCACGAAUGAUACCCUGUACCGGGGACGAUAGCGAUCAGUUCUGGGCUCACGGAUAUUAUUAUGAUAUCAGUUCGUACAAAAUGUGUCUCGAUUUCACGGGCACUCGAUUGCAGUUGGCGGUUUGCCAUCGGCACCGCGGGAAUCAGGGUUGGAUGUAUGUGGUCGAGACGAAGCAGAUUUGGAAUAUGGGUCAAGGGAGUUGCCUUGCGGUGAGCACGCACACUAACGGGUCGCUAGUGAUGCAAAAGUGCAACGAAAACAGUAAAGAGCAGCAGUGGCUGGUGACGUUUAUCGAUUAUAGUGAUUUAUAUAGAUAA